AUGGAAGUGCCUGUAGUGAUUGUAGGUGCAGGGCCUGCUGGCUUAGCAACCUCAGCAUGUCUUAAUAAACAUUCAAUUCCAAACAUUGUCUUAGAAAAAGAUGAUUGUCAUGCACCUCUUUGGAGAAAAAAAACUUAUGAUCGUUUAAAACUUCACUUGAGUAAAGAAUUUUGUAACCUACCUCACAUGUCAUUCUCAUCUGAUUUACCAACUUUUGUCCCUAGGGUUGGUUUCCUUCGUUAUUUAGAUGAUUAUGUGACUCAUAUGAAGAUCGACAUUCGGUGUAACCGGUAUGUCGAUGAUGCUUCAUAUGAUGUUAAUGGUGGGAAAUGGAGGGUUAGUGUGAAGGGCACUACAUCAUUUGUUGAUGAUGAGAUUUAUGUUGCUGAUUAUUUAGUUGUUGCAACUGGAGAGAAUUGUGAAGCUUAUAUUCCCAAGAUAAAUGGGCUUGAAAGCUUUGAAGGUGAAUACAUUCAUUGUAGUAAUUAUUUGAAUGGAAGACCAUGGUAUAAUAAAAAUGUAUUGGUUGUUGGUAGUGGAAAUUCUGGCAUGGAGAUUAGUUAUGAUCUCUCAACUUGGGGUGCAAAUACCUCCAUAGUUAUUAGAAGUCCUGUACAUUAUUUUUCAAAAGAAAUGGUGUACAUGGGAAUGUGUAUGCUGAAAUACUUAAAUGUAGAAACGGUGGACAAGUUGAUGGUGGGUAUGAGCAAAAUGAAGUAUGGAGAUAUGUCCAAGUACGGCUUGAUCCGACCAAAAGAAGGACCUUUCGCCAUGAAAAAUAGCGGUAAACGUACCCCAACCAUUGAUGUUGGUUGCGUUAAAAAGAUCAAGAAAGGCAUAGUCAAGGUAUACCCAGCAAUUUCAACCAUAAAAAAUGACAAGAUCGUUGAGUUUGCAGAUGGAAAAAGUGGUAAAUUUGACGUUAUAAUCUUUGCUACUGGAUACAGAACCAAUGUGCAUAAGUGGCUUAAGGAUUACAAAGAGAUGUUCAAUGAGAAUGGAAUACCAAAACGGUGUUAUCCAAAUCACUGGAAAGGAGAGAAAGGAAUAUACUGUGCUGGAUUCACAAAAAGAGCGUUACAAGGAAUUGCUUAUGAUGCGAAGCAAAUAGCAAAUGAUAUCAAACGCGAUAUUAAUGCAAGGAACCAAUCUGCAACUGCUUGA